AUGCUUCCCGUCAAGAUCACAGCCGUCCUGAGCUUGACGGUCGUCGCUUGUGGCGCCCCCCUCGACACCCCUCCCGAGGCUCGUGACGCCGGAGAUGUGCUCGCAGACCUGCAAGCCCAAGCCAUGGAGAGUUUGAAGGCGGCUGAAGCCAAUGGGACCAUUUCCAAGCGUGGGUGCAACCUCUUCAACGCCAGCGUUCGCAGGGAUUGGGCUGCUUUCUCUACCACGGAGCGCAAGGAGUACAUCAGUGCCGUCCAGUGCAUGUUGGCGUCUCCUUCCAAGUCCGACCCAUCCUUCGCACCAGGAGCCCGCAACCGAUAUGACGACUUCGUUGCCGUCCAUAUCAACCAGACUCGGACCAUUCAUGGUACAGGCAAUUUCUUGACAUGGCAUAGGUACUUUACCUGGGCGUAUGAGAAUGCUCUAAAGACCGAGUGUGGUUAUAAGGGGGCUCAGCCCUACUGGAAUUGGUUCGCUCACACCGAUGAUCCGCGCAAGUCACCAGUCUACGAUGGGAGUGAUACCAGUCUAAGUGGUGAUGGCGCCUACGUUGCUCACAAUGGCAGCGUGAGUGCUUCGCCAUAUGGCGAGAUUGCAAUAACGUCUGGCAAUGGCGGCGGUUUAUCUCCCGGCAUGGAUGGCUUGGACCCCAAUCCCAAUGGCCCCAUGGAGUACAACCCACGUUGCCUGCGCCGCGACUUGAGCUCAUACGCAGCGUCUACUUGGUUGACGACCCCUAACCUACUUAACGUCACCGUUGGCCAAGCUUCUAAGAAUAUCUCAACAUUCCAGAAUGAGCUCCAGGGUCGCUUCUGGGAUGGAUUCUUGGGCAUGCACGCUUCAGGCCAUUUCGUCGCAAAUGGAGAUGCUAGUGAUCUCUACUCCUCCCCGACCGAUCCGACCUUCUUCCUCCAUCAUGCCAUGGUCGACCGCGUUUACUGGAUUUGGCAAGCCCUCCACCUCUGGGAGGCUUUUGAAAUUGCUGGGACUAUCACAAUUCUCAACCUGCCACCGAGCCGUGACGCCACGAAGGAGGACAUAGUUGAGAUGGGCGUUUUGGCGCAAGAUCGCCCUAUCAAAGAGCUGCUGAACACUGUUGACGACACUCCGUUCUGCUACAUCUAUCUAUGA